AUGUUCACCAAAGUAAUCUCUUUGAGCGCUGUAUUAGCAGUGGCCGCGGCUGGGCUCUUGGCUUCUCCCGUGCACUACUCUUCCGCCGCCGCAGUAUCUUCGCAAAGCAUCCAACGUCAUGAUCAGCCUCAAGCCACUGUUGCCCACUACGCUGCUACACCUGUGGCCCAUUACGCCACUGCCCCUGUUGCUCACUACGCUGCGGCACCCGUUGCCCACUACGCUGCUGCACCUGUAGCCCACUACGCAGCACCUGCUCACAGACUCGUGUCCGCCCAUGAUGAGGAGGAAUACGCUCACCCCAAAUACGACUUCUCAUACUCCGUAGCCGACGGUCACACCGGCGACAACAAGUCUCAACACGAGAGCCGCGACGGUGACGCCGUGCACGGCGAGUACUCUCUGCUCGAAGCUGACGGCUCUGUGCGCACAGUCCAAUACACCGCUGAUGCCCACAACGGUUUCAACGCUGUGGUCAGCAACUCCGCCCGUGCCGAACACGCCACUCAUGCGCCAGCGCAUAUCCUCGCACACCAUUGA